ACUACCCUUCCAAAAAUCAAAAAUCAAAAAUCAAAAUCGAUGGCCGGCAUAUACAAACUUACCGCAGCUCUACGGGGCCAUGAGGAUGAUGUGAGUAGCUCCGAGCUCAUUCAGUGAGCUUUGUUUUUGAUCCCCGGGUUUGCUAAGGGAAGCAAACAAAACCAAAAACCAAAAACCAAAGCUACACGGGAUGCCUAACCCCAUUUAUACAGGUUCGCGGCGUCGUUUUCCCUUCUCCUUAUUUUGUGACUUCUGUGUCCCGAGAUGCUACUGUUCGGCAAUGGAAACGUGAAGACCCCGAAGGGACUGUCUUCUCCGACCACAUCAACUCGACUGGUUCCGGAUUCAUUAACAGUGUUACCUUUGUUCUUCCGACAGAGGAGCAUCCUAAGGGUUGGUAGCUUCCUGAUGUGUUUGGGGGCUGGAAAUUAAUUAGCGGGAUAUUUCUAGGUUUGAUUGUCAGUGGAGGUCAGGAUACAAUCAUUGAAGUUCGAGAACCAGAUUCCAAAGAUACAGACGAUGCAAAGUACCUGCUCUUGGGCCAUACAAACAACGUUUGCGCGUUGGACAAUUAUGCAGGCAUCAUAAUUUCGGGAUCCUGGGAUGGGUGUGUCGUGCUGGCAUCUUGGUCGCUCGGAUUUGGGCUAAUAGUUAUCUAGUACGGCACGUGUGUGGAAAAACUGGGAAAGCCAGUAUGUGUUAGACGGUCAUGACCAGGGAGUGUUGGCGGUCUUAGCCCUUUCAGAAACGGAUGUGGUCACUGGAUCGGCAGAUAAGACAAUACGGAUCUGGAGAGACGGAAAAACCAUCAAGAAGAUUGAGGGUCAUACGGAUUGUGUCCGUGGAUUGUGCAGGAUGCCAAAUGGCGGAUUUUCCAGCUGUGCAAAUGAUGGGUAAACGGACCAAUGGAAUGACUACCAAUGGAUCGUGAGCUAAUAGUACUUCUAUGCUUUAGGACUAUUCGUAUAUGGUCAUCGGAUGGGCAUCAACUGCAGGAAUUACACGGGCAUACAGCGUUUAUAUACUCUGUGGCUGCUUUGCCUUCGGGCGAGCUUGUUUCUGCUGGCGAAGAUCGGACAGUAAGGAUUUGGAGAAGUAGGUUUAUAUGCCUGAAGAGUCCGUGGGAUUCGGAAGAACAGCGGUGGCUUACUGGAUAUCUAGAUGGGGAUUGCGUUCAAACGAUUACUCACCCUGCCAUCAGCGUUUGGUCUGUUGCUGUUUGUGCUCAGAAUGGUGACGUUGUGAGCGGAGCGAGUGAUCGAAUUGUCCGCGUGUUUUCUCGAGAGAAGAAGAGGUGGGCAGACCAGGGAGCAUUAGAGGUAAUACUAAUAAUAAUUAGGGUUCAAAUACCACAUAUUUACUAAAAAUAUUGUUAGGCAUUUGAAAAUAGUGUCGCUGCCUCAACGAUUCCAUCGUAAGCUCCUGAGUGGCUGAGGUAUGGAUUGUCGGUUUUAACGAGUAUUUAGAAAUCAAGUUGGCGACGUGAAGAAAGAUGAUUUGCCUGGUCUCGAGGCCCUUGCACAAUCGGGUAAGAAGGACGGCCAGGUAAGCAUCUCUCUCUUUAUAACUAUUCUGAAUCGACUACCGACACUGAUAUUAAAUAACCCAGGUGAUUAUGGUGCGCAAUGGGGAGACCGUAGAGGCCCAUGUUUGGUCCAAUGCAACAAGAGCGUGGAAUAACGUCGGCACGGUUGUAGAUGCUGUAGGUUCCAACCGUAAGCAGAUGUUUGAAGGUAAGGAGUACGACUACGUGUUUGAUGUCGAUAUUCAGGAGGGGGCCCCUGCAUUGAAGUUGCCAUAUAAUGCAUCUGAAAACCCAUUUGAGGCUGCCAGAAGGUUCCUGGAGGCGAAUGAAUUGCCGAUAUCUUAUCUUGAUACUGUUGGCCAAUUUAUCGUGAAAAAUGCUGGUGGUGUCGCUCUUGGGCCACAGGAACAGUCCACUAGCCCAGAUCCAUGGGGUAUGGAGAACAGGUAUAGGCCAGAUGCGCCUCCUCCGCAACAGGCCAAGCCGAAGCGCAUUCCGCAAAAAUCAUACUUGUCAAUCACCGCAGCCAACCUGCCAACUAUCCAAAGCAAAGUCAAUGGACUAAACAAAGAGCUGCUGGACAAGGGGGAAAAGGAUAUCGCACUUAAUCCCGACGAAGCGUCUGCCCUUGCUAAAUUAUGUGGGUCUCUCCAAGCUGUCGCCGCUCCUUCAUACAAGGCUAGUGCACACAAUGCUAGUUUUUCAAGUGGCCUUGAAUUGGUCUCCAAGAUAAUUACCAGUUGGCAUCCGCAGAACCGCCUCCCAGGCCUGGAUCUGUUGAGGUUAGUAGCAGCAGCAACUCCACUGGCUGCUACAUACGAACCAAUGAAUGGGCUCAAGGCCGGUGACAUUCUUGAGACGUCAGGGGCGUUUGAUAUCAGCCACCCAAACAAUGUCAUGUUGGCAACCAGGACAUUUGUGAAUCUCUUCCAGACGGAAGAAGGCAGGGACUACAUGGAUAAUCGAUUUGAGCAGGUUUGUAUUUUAACUGUUUCUCGCCCUCAAAGGAAACUGCACUUCUAACAAGAACUUCUUACACUAGACUGUCCAACUCGUUGAGGAGGCUAGUGCUGGAACAACUAAUCGGAACAUGAAGAUUGCGAAAGCCACACUUCUCCUCAAGUAAGAUUAAAACACCCAGGAGAUCUUGAUACGGUUUGAACCCUAACUUUAUCCACAGCUAUGCGGUUUUGAUCACUUCGAGUGGAGCGACCGAACGCGCAAUCACACUCCUUGAGCCUUUGACAAAUAUAAUCAAGAAGGAGAUUGACUCAGAGACUACCUUCCGUGCCCUCGUGGGCCUGGGCACACUCUUGACAUUCCAAAAGGAGGUCAGGGAGGCGGCAUUAUCGGUUUAUGAGUCCCGUCAAACCGUCACCGAAGCAGAAAUCAGGGUUAAGGAGCCGAGAAUUAAGGACUUGGCUACCGAGAUUAGGGGCUUGCUUUAGGGCUUUUCUUUUAGCAUUAGGAUGUGUCAGCUAGUGGUUAAGUUUCCAUUGAAACGCCUUUGUGCGAUUGAAAUGUGUUGCGAUGCCGCUGUUUCUUGCAGGAUAACAUUUUCGGGAGCUUUAUAAUCAGUAUUCAUGUUUUGUUUU